AUGGACAUGCUCACCGAAUCCGCGGUGAAUUUGGACACCGGCAUCGAUGCAUUCGAUGGGGAGUGCAACGUCGAAGAGAUUGAUGACGAGAAGGAGGAUGAGGGUGAUGAGGAGGAGGUGGUUGAGGUUGAUCCGGCUGCCGCCGGUUCUUCGUCGACGCCGAAGCCACGCACGGCGAACUACAGCGAGAUCGAAGACGCCAUCUUGGUCCGUGCUUGGAGCAAGGUGGGGAUGGAUGCGUGCACCGGAGUGGACCAAGGCGGCAAGCGCUAUUGGCAACGCAUUGAGGAUCUGUACCACCAGCUGAAGCCUCGCACCAAGAGCAUGGCCGACAGAUCCUACCGCUCCCUUGAAGGCCGAUGGAACAUCAUCAAACCAGCUUGUUCUCGUUGGAGUGCUGCCAUGGAUCAAGUGGCCGACAACCCCCCUAGUGGAUGUGUGUCGGAGGACUAUUGGAAGUUGAGGGACAACGAGCCAAAGUGCAAGAAGGAGGCACUACUCACCAUGGAUGAUGAAGCGGAGGAGAUGAGUGGGAGAAACGCCGGCAAGCCCGAGGGCAACAAGAAAGUCAAGGAGAGGGUCAAGAAGAAGGAGGUGAACCUUGCCAAGGUGGAAGCAAAGCGGGAAGAUGCCAAGUUGAAAGCCGAGCUUGACAUGAAGAUGAUCGCACUCAAAGAAGCCAAGACCAUGAAGAAGCUCUUGGCCGAGGAGAGAGAUAUCAUGAUGAUGCGCACCGACGACAUGGACGAGGAUCAGCUGGCCUGGUGGAACGAGACCAAGGCGAACAUCAUUGCGAGGAAGAAGGCUGUGUGUGAAGCUUGUGCUGCAAGUGCUCAAGGUGAGUCUCCGGCGAGUGGUGGCGCCGCUGGCGAUGGACUCGUUGAUGGUUGA